AUGGCGAAUGACAAUGAUACGCAAGGACAAAGCGGGCUUGACAAUCAGACUCAGCUCAAACUCAGAUUUCAGAUCCAGCAGAUACGAUACAUACCUUGGUACAGUACGUAUCGUAUAGAGCUGACAACCCAAACGUCUCACAACUUUUGGUGCUGUGCUCUGUACAGCGCCCGGGCCGUCACCCCUGAUGAGCAUUACCUUGAACAACGUAUCCCUAGAAAGCCGAUAAUCAAUGGAUGGGGACUAGGCAAACAGCAUAAGAUGCGGACAAGAAUUAAAGAGCCAAUGGAAGAAGCAUAUCAGUCUGCUAAAUCUAAUCUGGUAAUUUCAGUGGCUACCUACAGCUCCAAUACACACGACUGCUGA